AUGGAGGGUCAGGGUGAAAACGACGAGCUCUACCCUAUCGCUGUUCUUAUCGACGAGUUGAAGCAUGACGACGUCCUCCUCCGUCUCAAUGCCAUCCACCGUCUGUCCACGAUUGCUCUGGCCUUGGGGCCCGAGCGGACUCGCGAGGAACUCAUCCCAUUCCUUGAUGAUUCCGUCGAGGAUGAGGAUGAAGUUUUGACCGCACUGAGCGAAGAGUUGGGUAACUUCACAGAGUAUGUCGGCGGCUCGGAAUACGGACACGUUCUCCUUUCUCCUCUGGAGAACUUGGCCGCCAUUGAGGAACCCUUGGUUAGAGAAAAGGCCGUGGAAUCCCUCAACAAGAUCGGCGAACAACUGUCUCAAAAGCAAAUCGAAGACUACUUCGUCCCCAUGGUCCUACGACUCUCGAAAGCCGAUUGGUUCACCUCGAAAGUCUCUGCUACCGGUCUCUACUGUGCUCCAUACAGCAAGGCUCCCCAGCCGCUGCAGCAAAGUCUCCGCCAAUACUUCGGAGGUCUCGUACACGACGAAACGCCCAUGGUGAGACGGCAGGCAGCAAACAACCUCGCCAAGUUCGUUAAGGAAUUGAACACUCAAGUCGUGAUUGAGGAAAUGAUACCCCUGUUUCAAUAUCUGGCCAAUGACGACCAGGAUAGCGUGCGUCUGCUCACGGUCGAUAUUCUCAUUGCGAUCGCCGAGGAGAUCCCCAAGGAGCAACAGCCUAGCCACGGUGUCUUGUUGACUUCUUUGCGAAGCCUCUUCGAGGAUAAGAGCUGGAGGGUUAGAUACAUGGUUGCCGAUAGAUACGAGAAGGUUGGUUCGCCAAGUGUUGUUCUGACAUAUCUUCGAUGA